AUGGCUUGUCAACAGAAGGUUGUGGUUGUUGGAGGGGGCCCUGUCGGGGCGUUAGCGGCUCUAUAUGCAGCUAGAAGGGGUUAUCAAGUCGAAUUGUAUGAGCUUAGAGAUGAUCCAAAUUAUGGGGACCCAAAUGCCAGGCCAGAUAUUGCUGUCAUCCCUCUCGCGCUCUCUGAACGUGGUAUCAGAGCCAUUGCUGCCGCAGAAGUUCCGGGGUUGCUUGACGAUAUCCUGGACAACUCGCGGCCGGUAUAUAAACGGAUGGUGCAUACAUGGGGCACUCACGGCAAGCACGUGGAAAUCCCAAUGACAUAUGGCCCCCAAGGGCAGCGCGAAAAGAUCACAAAACAUGUCAUGUUGGCACUUCUUAGAGAGCCUACCGCAAAGCUCUUUUUCAACCAAAGGCUGUCAGCAUGCGAUUUCGAAGGAAAAUUCGCUACCUUUGAGACAGUGGCUUGGCAAGAAAAAUCUCGCUAUUCUGAACAAGAACUUGCAAAUACUGUCAAAGGCCAGGUAAAGCCAAGUCCCCGCGAGGAUGAAGUCGAGAGUGUAAAGAUAUCUUCAUUGUCAGGAAAGACAAAGCGAGUCGAGUUUGACUUCCUGAUUGGAGCAGAUGGAACUUAUUCAAGUGUUCGACAAAGCAUGAUGCGAAGCCUUGAGAUGGAUUUUUCACAAACGUACGCCAACGCAAUGUGGUGCGACUUGAUAUUCCCUCCAGAUGAGAAUGGGAACUAUCCAAUGGAUCCUAAAUGCCUUCAUAUCUGGCCAGCUAACCAGAGCAUUGUUAUUGCGCAAACAGAUAUUGAUGGAUCAUUUAGGGCUGGGAUGGUUUGCGAUACACAAAAGCUCAGGUAUUUUGAAGCGCAUCCUGAGACUUUCUCGGAUUUUUUUGCUAAGGAAUUUGCUGGAAUUGUACCUGAACUCCUUUCUGCGGAAGAAGUAACAAGACAAUUCCUUGCACAUCAGAAAAUUCCUUUAAAAUCAAUCAAAUGCGGGAAGCUUGGAUAUAAGGAUAACGCGGUUCUCUUAGGAGACAGUUGUCAUACUAUGACCCCUUUCCAUGCCAUGGGUAUGAUUACCGGCCUUGAGGAUGUGCGUGUGUUUUUCGAGAAGUUCCGUGACCCUGCAGUGGCUGCUUUGCCGGAAGAAAUUGACAGCAAUGGUGUCGCGAAGGAGAAGCCAUUCUGUGCUCCGGGUACUGUCCAGGCUUAUACAGAAUUCAGACUUCCUGAUAUUCAUACCAUGGUUGACUUUGCGAGUGAACAUUACCAUGAGCUUCGAAUCGGUGUCAGAUCUCGAGUAACAAGGGCAAUGAACGUGAUUGACCGCUUCCUUGGUGGAUGGCUACCAGCGUUAGGUUGGACGUCGUUGUAUGCGAGGAUUCAAUUCGAGCAUGACCGGUUUAGUGUCGUGAAGAAAAAAGAAGAAAGACAGAGGAAGAUACUUGGAAUGGUAGUUGCUAGCGGUGCUAUGGUAGCUGCUAGCAUUGCCGCAGCAGGGAUUAUGGCUUUGCACCCUAUAGUCACAGCUGUACUUCCAGUCCUCGCCAGCUCUCAUUCCUCCCAAGAAUUCUCGCUGUCGACCUGA